AUGGGACAUCCAGGCUAUGCCGAAACCUACCGAAACAUCGCUACAUACUACACUUGGCCCAGUAUGAAGGCGCAGAUAACCGCGUACGUACAAAAUGCCUGCUGUGUAGCUGCUCAAAAGCGUACAACCGGAAUCACGAACCUACGCAACGACCGCGACGGUCUACUAGACCAUGGGAAACCGUGGAUAGAAGCCUACCCGCUGCCUCACGGCGACGCCAACACGAUUGGCCGCACGAUGGAUACGCACCUGUUUCCCAGAUGGGGAUACCCAAAAAUCCUACUCUCUGACAAUGGCACUCAGUUUACGGGGAAACUAUGGAACGAACUCUGCCUCAAAUGGGGAGUCUUACACUACACCACGCCAAUUUAUCACCCCCGAGCCAACCCUACCGAGAGAAGGAACCAGGAACUCAAGAAGGGACUACGGAUCCGCCUACAAGAACAACACCAAGAAUGGGAGAACCAACUACCAUCCGUGCUAUUCACCCUGCGAAAUCGACAGAACACGGAAGGAGACCCGAUAGCCGAGACACAGCCUCGUUACCAGAUCGGCGACCAGGUGCUCACACGGAAUCAUCAACUCUCAAACAAGGCUCAGAAAUUCCACGCGGGCCUAGCACCCAGAUGGAAGGGACCAUAUACGGUCGCCCACAACCAAGGAGCUGUCUACUGGAUCACCCGUGACAACGAGACCAUCAAGGUGUACGAGACUCAACUACGCCCGGCUCCAACCAUCGACCAGCAACAUCUCUUGGAAUAA